AUGCAGGACAAUCAGCACGAAGAACGUCUACGUGCCCUGCGAGGUGCUACUGAGCGAGAUAUCACCUUCCAAGGUCUCCCCACGGGCCAAGAAGAUUUACUCUCUGACGCCUUGUACCCAGAGGAUAUCUACAAAGACAAAACAUACUGGGCCGACCUAUCAACAAGCAAACGUGCAAAGUGGGUCUACGAGCAACACCAGAGUGAAGCCCGCCGAGAACUCAGCGCGGUAUGGAACAUGUUCAAGGCGGACCCCCUUGCUCCUCUUGGUCAGUAUCUUCACAACUAUGCUGUCACUGGAGUGGGUUUCUUCACCGAGGGAUACGUCCUGUUCUCGGUGGGCAAUAUCCUUCCUCUGCUGGAGGUCGUUUGGCCAAAUUGCUGGAAAAAGCAUACAAUCUGUGACAAGACCAUGGUCCAGGCCAUUUCAUAUAUGGAGAUUCUGGGCAUUAUUGCCGGGCAAAUCCUCGUUGGUUUCAUAGGCGACUGGGUUGGUCGUCGAUGGGGCUUGAUUCAAGAUGCAACGAUCAUGUUGACAGGCACGAUUCUGUUGGUCGCCAUGUGGGGCGAGACGCUAUCCGGCUGGACCGUUAUGUACGGUGUCUCACUAUUCUGGUUUUCUGUCGGAGUGGGUGGGGAGUACCCCAUGACCUCCGUCACAGCAAUGGAGGGUGUUCAUGGUCAAGCGUCCACCAAACACGAUCGCCUACAUCGAGGUCGCUCCGUAGCACUGGCGUUUCUGAUGCAGGGCUGGGGGCAACUGGCGAACCAAUUGGUCCUCAUCCUAGUUAUGCUCAUCUUCAACCACAGCAUCAAUCCCGGGUAUGGGCACACGGCAACUCAAGCCACGUUUCGCAUCAGCUUUGCGAUAGCCGCCCUGUUCCUGCUCUACUUUCUCUAUCUUCGUGUCUACCACCUCAAAGGCGUCGACCACUUCUUGAAGGCCUCCAGGCAGAAGACAAAUGUCACUGGGUACGAUGUCAAAUCUCUGAAGCUCGUCACCAAUCACUACUGGCACCGAUUGCUUGCCACUAGCGUCUGUUGGUUCUGCAACGACUUCCCCUUCUACGGCAAUCAAAUCUUCAGAAAUGUCUUCCUGCAGAUUGUGACGUCGAGCUCCUCUGAAGUCGGCGAGCUUUGGCUCUACAACCUCAUCAACAUCGGAUGCGAACUGGCAGGGUACUAUCUCGCUGCGUUGCUCAUGGAUCAUAAACAUUACGGUCGAAAGCGAAUGCAAGCGGUUGGGUUCAUAAUGUCCUUUAUUCUGUUCAUCAUCGCGGCAGGUGCAUUCCCCAUCCUAAACAAGAAGGGUCCUGGUGGCAAGGCUUUCGAGUUUAUCUAUUUCUUCAGCAGCUUCUGGAUACAAUUCGGACCCAACUCAACCACGUUCCUCCUGGCCGGUGAGGUGUAUCCUGCGCCAGUUCGCGCCACUGCACAUGGAUUCAGUGCUGCCGUUGGUAAACUAGGUGCACUGGCUGCGACCGUCCUGUAUAACUACAUAGGGAGCAGAACGAAAUUCUGGGUAAGCACAGCACUCUAUCCACUCAACCGCGUUGCUGACUUCAGAAUACAGGUCGUUAGCUGGUUUGGUCUUAUUGGCUUUAUUCUCACGAUCGUGUUCAUUCCAGACACCACCGGAUUAGAUCUUCGCGAACAGGAGCGCUACUGGUACUAUGUCAAAGACGGUCGAGCUCAGGAUUAUCACGGUGUUGCGAUCCACCCUCGGCACAUCAGCCUCUUUGAACGGGUGGUGCUCAAACGACACCUAAACUACAAUCCUGAGCUAGAUCGGAACGCCAAGAUCGACGAGCUGAGGGACUUGUACCAUAAGGUUGAGGGGAACAAGGCUGCAGAAUCGGAUGACGAGAAGACUCUGAGAAAGGACAGUGAGUUCAUCCCGGAUGAUGUUAGCAGGUAUUUUGAGCUUGAGAAGGCAAACGGCCAGUAA